AUGUCAAGGAAGAAAGUCAUAUGUUUGAGAUUUGUUUCAAUCUUCAAUCGAGAGAUAAACAAUGUUUUUAUGAGUUAAGUUUUCGAAAUAAACAGUGGUUGGAUCCAAAAAUAAAAAUAAUUUACUAUAAAUUAUGUCGAGCAAUAUGUUUCGCACAGCUAAAUACAAAAUAGAUCUUGUAAACUUUUCGUCAUAUCGCCGGCUUUUUGUGGUUCUAUUAUGUGUUUGUGUUUUCUUUUACCUGCUGCCGCCCAUUUUUCGUUAUCUAUUUCUUGGAAGGGCAACGGAGAAUAAAGAUCCUUUGAUGCAGUGCAUGGAUGAUCGCUUAACACCAUUCUUCUUACAAAAUUUCGAAUAUGAUGCCAAUAUCAGACACGUCCCACCAUUUGCGGAUGAACGCAACAUUAUACCAUAUGUGGGCAAUGGAUACAUUGGUUUGGAAGUGGCACAUGAUGCUCCGCUGAAUAUUAAAUAUGGAAGAGCUAUGCAAUUGCCCACACAAUUUCAUCCGGUUGUAUCAGUGUUGCAAACUGCUGAGUCUGGUAGGGAAGCUACUGUUGUGGAGUAUCUUUCAGGAAUAGUAUGGAGAUUCCAAUGUUUCUCCAAUAUGUUCAUAUCAUAUUCUUAUUAUGCUCAUCGCACACACCCCAGCAUUCUAAUGCAAGAAAUCAAAAUUACCAAUACGCGGAAUACCAUGGAAGAGGUUGAGCUUAUACUACCAAGGGUACAUUUCCAGUCGCCCAACACUCGUACAAUACAACUUGGUUCCACUGAAUCUACAAAGGAGUUUCAAAUUAUCACUGGGACUCUGAGUCCAAAUCAGGAGGACACAUCUUUAGUUAUCAUUGUAACCAUCGUUAUACCGAAAGUAGCAAGAAGUAUACAGCUAAAAAAGCGCGGCAGUAUUAAAAUCGAAAUACCAAUAGCAGUACACUAUUCCAAGCCAGUGAAAAGAGACAACGAGGAGCAAAUAAGAACCACUACUACUGAGACAGAGCAAAAGGCGACAUUAGCCAUGAAUAAAGUAUUACAGAGCUUGCAAUCUAAAACGGAGUCUGCCAAUGCAGCACUACACAACUUUCGACAGGCCCAUGUUAAUGUAUGGUCUGAUCUAUGGGCUACAGGGUUUACGAUCAGUACUUCGAAAGCAGAAAACAGUUUAAAUGGUGAUCGCAUCAAUGCCACCAUGUACGCCGUCUUAUCACAAACACGUAGUUAUGAAUUUGAGGAAUAUAUAUCAGUGUCUGCACCAUCCAAACAGGAUAUAGCAAAGGCCUUAACAUAUGCCGAAGGUUGUUAUGAUUCAUAUCAUACUUUACAAGCCGAUAAUUUAUGGUUGCCCAUGGAUUCAUUGGAAAAACUUAACAAAGUCGUCUCAUCCUGGAUGUUAACACUGGAAAAGCAAGGUUGUCAUAAUCUCAUUCGAGCUGGUUCAUCGGGCGUAAUUCAGGCAAUGGUUCUAAGUUUCGGUAGUUUUCGUUUUAGUAAUCAACAUUUAGAGUGCAAUAUGCACCCAAAAUAUCUGCAUCGUGAUUUCCACUUUCGCCGCCUGAACUAUGGCAAUCGGACACAUGUAAAUGUGACAAUAAACGUAACUGAAGACAAUAAGGCUGUCAUAAAUGUGGCAUUAGAUCGAUCAGAUCGUUCAUAUUAUGCUUGUGAUGGUGGUUGUAUGGAUGAGCCAGUUUUAUUAACUCAAAAUCGCAGACAAUUUCCCGUAAAACUCACAGAGCCAUUGACUGCCAUUCUUUAUAUAACCGAAGACAAACAACAUAUGGUUGAACUCCAUCAAGCUAUACAUGUUAAAGAGGUUGUAGAAGCUCCUGCGCAUGAACAACAUAUAAUAUCCCUCCAUAGACAUGGUCACCAGCUGGGCGGCUUACCCACAUUAUUUUGGGUAUCUGUAUGUGCAAUAAUUAUAGUAUUCCAUAUAUUUCUAUGUAAAUUAAUAAUUAAGGAAUAUUGCGAACCAUCAGAUAAAUUAAGAUAUCGUUAUAACAAACCGUGAUUUUAGGUUCUAAAUUAUUUUAACCAUUAAAAUAUUUAGCUUUUUUAUUUUCUUUUCAUUUCAAUGUAAUAACACAAAUUUUUAGAAUAUAGCUAAGAUUUGUAUGUAUCCAAUAUUUAGGAUUAUUAACAAAAGGGAGAGAAAAAUAAUAAUGAUAAUAUGAUACCUUACUCUUAAAGCUUUACGCGAAGUAAGAAAUGCAUACAAUUUUCUUUUUGUGAAUGAGAAACCCAAUGUUUAAGAAAAAGCAGACAAUGUAUAUACCUAAAACAAUUUAUUUAAACUUUGAUUACGCCGUAUUUUUCCUUUAGAAGAAAAUAAAUUGAUGUUGGCCUUGAGUAAUAAUA